ACCCCCAAGCUUUGCAAUUGCCGUCCUCCCGAUUCGACAUCGGUGGGUAGAUCACGUGCUUCGGGAAACAGUGACGCUUCAUCCAAACAUCCCCGGGAAAUGAAUCUCGAGCUGAGACAGAGGGACCAACAACGCGACUGACAUCACUCAUCGGAUCAAGACAUGGUAGCGCAGGACGGUGCUGGAGCACCUGCCUCGCCGUCAAUGCAAGAUACAGAGGAGAAACCCAAGCAGCGAAUAUGGAGGGUCUUCAGCUUUCCCCAGAUAAUCUGGGGUAAGCUGAAUAUGGACAUCCCCACUUUGCUGCUCAUGAUGAAAGGAGCGCUACCUCCGACCAUAUGUGUAGCCAUGUACCAAUCGAAUGCUGUAUCCGGUCAAUUCAACACCGUCGGCUACCUAGUGGCUAUCAUCUCUGUUCUAGGCUUCUCCAUCAUGCCGCGGGCCAAGUUUAUCCAAAUGAUGGUUCUUGACAUCCUAGCAGUCUGCGUGGCCUCCGCUUUCGCCUUGCUGAUGAUGUACUGCUGCAUCAAGGCCCGAGAACACUCCCAAUCAUCUUCAGCAGCAGCAGCAUCGGCGACCACGAGUUCGACAGCAACAUCAUCCGUUGCCUACAACUCCUCCGCUUCAGCUGUCAGUGGUGUCUGGCUCUUCUUUCAGAUUUAUGUGGUUCACACGUUCAGAGCCAAAUUCCAGCAGUUUCAAUUCCCCGUCAUUAUCUAUUCCAUUAUUGCUAAUGUCACAUUUACCUAUGCUCCCCGUCUUGGGACCAUGACUGCAGCAAUAGCAUUGGUCAAGAAGCUGCUCGAGGCUUGUCUAACCGGCCUAGCUAUUUGCACGGGCGUAUCUCUAUUCAUCCUGCCCAAAAGUACUCGUGGUGUCGUUCUUAAACAGAUGGGAGGCUACAUCCAAGGCCUACGUGGUGCUCUGCAGGCUCAUACAGCCUACUUUGAGUCCCUCGAGCGCGAAGAUAUGUUCGGCCGGGCAGAGACCUACGACUCCCGAGUGGAGAAGAUGACCGACAAGGGCAAGGUCUACAGCCCAGAGGCGGCGGCUAUUCGAACAGCUUGCCAGAAGCUGACAGAUCUCCAUGCGAAGAUUCAUGGAGAUCUGACGUUUGCGAAGCGUGAAUUCGCAAUCGGUAAACUUGGCCCUGACGAUCUUCAAGCCAUAUUCAGACAGCUGCGCCAGGCUAUGAUCCCGGUGGUGGGUCUGAGCUUUGUUGUUGACAUCUUCCAGCGCCUGUCCGAUUAUAACAAAUGGAACCAGCCGAUCGAUCCUGGCGCCCCGGAAGACAUACGAUCUCGUGUCGUGCAGGAAUGGAACGAUAUUAUGCGGGCUGUACAUGAUCCGUUCCGCUCUAUGAUCGACACAAUUGAUGAAGGUCUUCAGCAUGUGUCGUAUGUUCUCGAGUUCAGCAACCCGCCCAAAGCUUCAACUACAUCCAAGGACUCUGGAGAUGUCGAGGCUAAUGCAAGCCCGAGACCGGGCGAAAUCGGCUUCGCUGCCCACUAUGCCAAAAAGCUCAGUGAUUUCAAGGCAGCGAAGCGCGUUGCGCUGCGAGCCUGGAGUGAAGAGAAAGGCAUCACUCUACCUCCCGACUUUUUUGAGCACCCUUCCUCCGUCCACCUCGAUGUCGAUGACAUACCCUCAGACAGUUCAGGUGUAGGACGAGACCGGAGCAGAAGGCAGCUGUAUUUGAUCCUAUACAUGGAGCAACUUCUCAGCUCCACUGGUCAUGUCAUUCAAGACUUUGUUCACUUUGUCGACGAGAAGCGUGCAAGCGGGAAACUGUCCAGACAGCGGCUCAUUAUACCAGGAUCUAAGCGCAUAUUGAAAUGGAUCAUAAGCGCCUUCAAAGCAGAAGAUACCCAUGAAGAUGAUAAUCUUGGUGGCGACAUCAGCUCGCAGAACAAUAUCCUUCAGCUGGGCGAAGCAUACAAACACCGGAAAGACCCCGAACAUUUGCCUCCGGAGAACGCACUACAAAGAUUCGGAGAUAAGCUACGACGGAUCCCCUCGGCCCUCCGCUCACCUGAGUCUGCCUAUGGCCUUCGCGUAGCCUGUGCCACGAUGACCGUGGCUGUGGUCGCAUUCCUCAAUGAUACUCAAGACUUUUUCGUGAAACAGCGAUUCGUAUGGGCUAUGAUCAUGGUCAAUCUGAGUAUGUCCCCUACUUCGGGGCAGAGUAUAUUUGGCUUUGUCCUUCGUAUUCUGGGCACAGUUAUGGCUAUGGUGCUUAGCAUACUCGCUUGGUAUAUUCCUGACAGGAAAACUCCUGGAAUAAUUGUUUUCCUGUUUAUCUUCUUGACCUGUGUCUUUUAUGUGCCAAUCAAGCAAUUUCGCUUUCGAAUUAUUGGCAUUAUCACCAUCAUUUCUACUUCCAUGAUCGUGGGAUACGAGCUGGAGGUUCGCAAGAUCGGGGAGGCGGUGGCCACCUCGAAUGGACAGCAGUACUAUCCCAUCUACCUGCUGGCACCGUACCGACUGGCAACGGUGGCGGGUGGUAUCGCGGUUGCAUUCUUUUGGACCUUCUUUCCUUACCCAAUCUCGGAACAUUCUGCUCUCCGCCAAAGCCUCGGAGCAUCUUUGUACCUUUUGGCGAAUUACUAUUCUGUCAUCCACGAGACUGUGUCCGCGCGGAUGCGAGGAGACGAGGGUGACCUGGCAAUCAAAUCUUCCUCCGGGCGACGGCUGCUCAAAGCUCGCAACAAGGUGUUCUCGAAGCAGAUGCUUAUGCUGAAUAGCUUGCGGACCUACUCCGGGUUUCUAAAAUGGGAAGUUCCCAUCGGUGGGAGAUUUCCGAAAAAGCGCUAUGAUUCGAUUAUAGCAUGCAUUGAUAGCAUCGUCAGCUAUCUGAGUCUUCUUGGAUACGCCUCGGACACACUCAUACAACUUGGGCAUGAUGAUGAAUCAGACUCGGCUUGGCUUCAAGAUUUCAAGAGACUGGUUGCCAGUGCCCGAGUAACGACGCACGAGAUAACAUCCGUUCUGUGCCUCCUCUCGGCUAGUAUCACGAAUCAGCAGCCCCUACCACCUUAUCUCAAAACGCCCCGUCCGUACAGCUUUUCGAAAAGGCUCGAGGCGCUGGACAAAGAUAUUUUGAACCUGAGACAUAUCGCGGAGCCUGGCUUUGCCACCUUCUCAGUGCUGCAGAUCUCCACCAGAUGCAUUGUUGGAGAUGUGGAGAGACUAAUGAAAGACGUGAAAGCGUUAGUUGGCGAGUUGGACUUUUCUUUCCAUGCUGUUAGCACUGCACAUAGCGCCAAAUCCUCAGCUGAAGUCUCGAGAGUGUCAAGGACGGAUCUGGACAAAGCUGAUUGAUCUUUCUCCUGUACAUAAUUUAUGUUUACUAAUGUCGACAAUCUCGUUCUGUGCAGAAAAUCUUAUCUGCGCCAAGGUAAUGACGGACAGCAGAUAACGGCUUUAUCGGCGAUGUCGAAGAACCGACAAU